AUACAGAAAAACCAAUCUAAUUGUCGUAAAAAACCAAUCUAAUUAAUUGAACCUGGACAAUGGAGGCUGAAGUCAUGGAGGAACCGCAGAGGCAGGUGCAGCCACUCGUGCCUGUUGUUCCAUGUUCCAAUGCCACCCCUACGGACAAGGCGCGUUUGUGUUGAAGCUGCCUAUACUCUUGAAAAAGAGUGCACGGCUCGCAGCAAAAUUGGACGCAUUGAAAUAUAUAUAUUCCGACAAAUAGAAAGUUUUUGUCUUUCAACCAAAAAUCGGUCCAAACAUUUUCAUCUUCAUGGGCUUUAACAGAGUUUUGUUAACUCUUAAACAAAAUACUGAGCCAAGUCAACAAAGCCCAUAUAAUGUCAUAUCAAUAGUCAACUACUUUGGAGUUCCAGUGCAACCAUAUCUUCUUCCUUAUCCAUUCCAAUAAAAUCUCUAUUGAUCUCUCAAGAAACAAGAAAAAAAAUGAUGUCAUCAAUGGCACUCCACUCAUCUGCUUCCCUCUGCUCUUCUUUCAUCCCUCAACAUCCAAAACUCUCCAUCAAAGCUUCUCCAUUGUUCCAUAACCAAGCCACAAAACCCAUCUCUCUAAUAAACCGGAAGAUUGUGGCUCUUGCAGCUCAAGAUUGUGGCUCUUGCAGCUCUUAUAUAUUUGAAACAGAACACACACAACCAAAACAGGUAGUGAACCAACAAGAGGAGAAAGCAAGAGUGGUUCUCAAGUUUGUGUGGAUGGAAAAGAACAUAGGAUUAGGAUUGGACCAGCAUGUCCCUGGACAUGGCACAAUCCCACUAAGUCCUUACUUCUUCUGGCCAAGAAAAGAUGCGUGGGAAGAGCUUAAGUCCACUCUUGAAGCUAAGCCAUGGAUCUCUCAGAAGAAGAUGAUCAUUCUCCUUAACCAAGCCACUGACAUCAUCAACCUCUGGCAACAAAGUGGCGGCAACUUAACUUCCCAAUAAUCUUCUUGUCCUUUGUCUAUGAUAUUUUGCUAUUGAGAGUUAUUUGUUACAAUCAUAUCUAAACAAUAUCCAUCACAUUAGACAUUAAAAUAUUGAAAAUGUUUUUAUUGCAAA